AUGGGUAAUUUAUUAGGCUAUUUUACUGGCUUAUUCGGAAGUAAAGAACGACGUAUACUAAUAUUGGGUCUCGAUGGAGCAGGCAAAACAACAAUACUCUAUCGUCUUCAAGUCAGUGAAGUUGUUACAACCAUUCCAACCAUUGGCUUCAAUGUUGAAACAGUACAAUAUAAAAAUUUAAAAUUUCAAGUUUGGGAUCUUGGUGGCCAAACAUCAAUUCGUCCCUAUUGGCGUUGUUAUUAUUCAAAUACUGAUGCUAUUAUAUACGUGGUUGAUUCCAUGGAUCGUGAUCGUAUUGGCAUAUCAAAACAUGAACUUGUGUCAAUGCUUGAAGAAGAAGAACUUAAAAAUGCUGUCUUAUGUGUAUUCGCAAAUAAACAAGAUCUUGAAGGUUGUAUGAGUGUAAGUGAUGUAGCAAAUGCACUUGGUUUAACAUCGUUAAAAAAUCGAAAAUAUCAAAUAUUUAAAACAUCAGCAAUUAAAGGUACUGGAUUAAAUGAAGCUAUGGACUGGCUAGCAAAUUCCUUACAGCAAAAGAAAUAA